GCUGACGUCAUCCUGCCCUUCUCUUUUCAAACUCAUGCGCAAAGCUUGCUACUCACUCGUCCGUCGCACCCACAAUGUUCGUCAAACUCAAAUACGGUCACUCGCGACAACUGCGCCUGCGCCUCCUUCCGUACAGAUAACCACCCUUCCCAACAGAAUCCGUGUCGCUACCGAGUCAACCCCUGCUUAUUUUUCUUCCGUUGGCCUCUAUGUUGAUGCUGGCUCCCGCUACGAGACAGACGAUAUUCUGGGGAGCACCCAUUUCUUGGACAGGAUGGCAUUCAAGUCAUCGCGGUCUCGGUCGGACGAGGAGAUGUCGGCAGCGGUGCAUUCACUCGGGGGCCAGAUAUUAUGCUCGUCAUCCCGAGAGGCCAUCAUGUACCAGUCCUCGCAUUUUCACCAGGGGACGCCACUGGCUGCAGAGCUCAUCGCGGACACCGUCCUGAAUCCUGAAUUCCUUCCUGAGGAACUGGAGGCACAGCGGGAUGCUGCUCGUUACGAGAUCCGUGAACUCUCAGCGAAACCUGAAAUGAUACUUCCCGAAAUCCUUCACGGCGUAGCAUACAACCACAAAGGUCUUGGCAAAUCCCUUCUGUGUCCCGAGCAUCGUAUAGAGGCCAUAGACGGACCGACACUGCGGCGGGCGAUGGCCCACUGGUACCGGCCAGAGCGUAUGGUCGUCGCUGGUGCUGGCAUGCCCCAUGAGCAGCUUGUCGAACUUACAGACAAGUACUUUUCGUCACUAAAAUCCUUGCCCGCCCCCGGCCCAUCAUUAACCUACCGACCAAACACCCCUCAACAGCAGGCGCCGACAAAUCUGUUGUCUUCCUCUGCGCCUUCUGUUACCAAAACUUUGACGCGGGCUGCGUCCUAUCUCUUCCCCGCCACCCAUAAUGAUGCUCCUGGACGAUUAAAUCCUGACUCAGACUACACCGGCGGUCAUCUUUUCAUCCCAAAUGAAACGUCCGAAUUUGACCACCUAUAUGUCGCAUAUGAGGGUGUGGGUAUUCAUCAUGACGAUGUCUAUACCGUAGCCACCAUGCAAGUACUUCUCGGCGGAGGUGGAAGCUUUUCAGCAGGCGGUCCCGGAAAGGGCAUGUACUCGCGGUUAUACACCAGCAUUUUGAACCACUUCCCCCAAGUAGACCAUUGUGCUUCUUUCCACCAUAUCUACAGCGACUCUUCAUUGUUCGGCCUCUUCGCUUCCUUUGACUCCAAGGCGCGUGGAGGUAAUACUCCAACUCAAAUACUCCCUCACCUUAUACAUCAACUGAGUUUACUCCUCUACACUCCGAUCCCCGAGCAAGAACUGUCGCGCGCGAAGAACCAACUCAAGUCAAGCUUAAUGAUGUCCUUGGAGAGCCAGGCUAUCCAGGUAGAGGAUUUAGGCAGACAGAUACUGGUUCAGGGUCGAAAAGUCCCGGUAUCGGAAAUGGUGAAGAAAAUAGAUCUUAUAACACCCCAAGAAGUUCGUCGCGUGGCCUCGACGAUAUUCGGGCUCCAGUCCGGGGCAAAACCGACCAUUGUCUGUAUGGGACAGGAUGACAUUGGCGACUACCACAAGGCCUUUAGAACGUAUGGGUUGGCAGUGUGAUACAUCUAUACAGCAUUCAUAUUAGUGUAUCCUUAUUCUGCAUAUGAUAUCUUCUCAAGGUCCCAUCAGUCACCGCGGUUAGGCAAAGUUAAACAGUUA